AUCAGGGACCACUGCCGCUGCCCAACAUGUUUCCACCCAGAGACAAAGCAGCGACUCAUCGAGACAUUCCUUGAACUGCCAGAGGAUAUACAUAUUUUAGACGUACGGGAGGAAGGGGAUUUGGUGCAAAUAGUCUCCGAUGGCCAUACCUCGCAAUAUCCCAGAGAUUGGCUUGCAGCGAGUGCAUUGAAAGGAAAGACGAGGGCGGUUGGACGACAGGGCACGACUGAUGAAACCGACUUCAAGCAAACGCCGGUCGAGGUUGAAUAUGCGAAGGUUAUGGAAUCCGACGAAGGCGUGGGGGAGUGGCUUCUGCUCAUUCGCAAAUACGGGUUCGCAUAUGUCAACGGCUGUCCGGCCACGCCUGAAGCGACGGAGAAACUUUUGGAAAGAAUUUCCUACAUUCGAAACACGCAUUACGGGGCGUUUUGGGACUUCACCGCCAACAUGGCAGCUAAAGACACGGCGUAUACAACGCUAGCGAUCGGCUCUCAUACGGACACAACAUACUUCUCCGAUCCAUGUGGCCUGCAGAUGUUCCAUCUUCUUUCCCAUACUGGCGGCCAAGGAGGAAAAUCUCUGCUUUCCGACGGCUUCGCCACUGCGAAAGCCCUUCGGGAUGAAGAUCCACAAGCAUACAAGAUUUUGAGCGAAGUGCCAGUUCAUUCUCAUGCAAGCGGCAAUGAGGGUCUCAGCAUCCAACCGUUCCAGACAUACCCUGUUUUGAACCACGACACUCAAUCGGGGGAGCUCAUCCAAGUGCGAUGGAAUACCACGGAUCGGGCUGCGAUUGACUUGCCACUUGAAGAUAUGGAUCUCUGGUACAAGGCAGCAAGGAAAUGGGCACGGCAACUUGAGCAUCACCAUUACUGGGAACAAUUGCGGCCAGAACGUCCACUGAUAUUCGACAACUGGCGGGUCCUCCAUGGUCGGUCGAACUUCACUGGGAAACGACGCCUCUGUGGUGGAUAUAUUAAUCACGACGACUUCAUUUCCAGGUUCAAAAUGACAAAUUUUGGAGAAACAAAGGUCUUGGAACAGGUAUCACUAGGGUAA